AUGAUGACCGCCGACGACGAUCAGCAAAUCCUCGACGUGGUAUCUACACCCCCGCUCCCCCUCUCGAGCAUCCCCCAUCACGUCCGUAAAUACUCGGGCGACGUCGCCGACUUCAUCGAUCACGGCGUCGACCGCGCCGCCGAGGUCGUCCGCGACACUCUCGCAUCCUCCAAAUGGGUCCCAGACUCGAUACGACCUAGCGUCCCGGCCAGGUCGCCCGUUGCCGUCGUCGCCUCGUCGCGCGUCGAGCAGCUGCAGGACUGGCUCUCUCGGCACAGGCUCCUGGUCGGCGUCGUCGUCGUCGUCUGCGGCACCGUCGCCUACAAGGGCUACCGGCAAAGCCGCUGGCUGAAAAAGACUAGAAGGGCGAAGAGGGCGAAGAACGGCGGCCGGACCGAGGUUGUCGUCAUCGCCGGGUCGCCGACCCUGCCUCUGACCAAGUCCCUCUCGCUGGACAUGGAGAGGCGGGGCUUCGUCGUCUACGUCGUCUGCAAUGCGGCCGAGGAUGAGCGCCUCGUCCACGCCUACUCGCGACCGGACAUCCGCCCUCUGGCCGUCGACGUGACCAACCCCCCCGGCGCCGGGGCGGCCAUCGAAUCGUUCGCCGGCUUCCUGCAAUCAUCCCAGUCCCCCGGCCCUCACAUGAAGCCGAACCGGUUGACUCUCGCCUCCGUCCUGCUCAUUCCCAGCCUGCACUACCAGACGUCACCCAUCGCCACGAUUCCGCCCUCGAGCUUCGCCGACCUCUUCAACACCCACCUCCUCCAGCCCAUCCUCACGAUCCAGGCCUUCCUGCCACUUCUCACCUCCCGCCUGAAUCCGCCCGGGGAGAGGUGGAUCCCGCCCAAGGUCUUGGUCUUCACGCCGUCCAUCAUCUCCUCCAUCAACCCGCCCUUUCACGCUCCCGAGGCGACCGUCUGCUCGGCCCUUGCCGCCUUCACCGAAGUCCUGACGGCGGAGCUCCGACCGCUCGACAUUCCCGUCACGCACAUGCAGCUUGGAACCUUUGACUUUGCCGGCUUCGUGCCCGCCCGGGCCGCUCUGUCGGCCUCGGGCUGCCCCCGGGACCCGCUCGUUUGGCCGGAUGGCGCUCGGCACGCCUACGGCCGCAACUUUCUCGCCCAGACCAGCUCCGCCAUCUCCGGCGGUCGCAUCAGGGGUCUCAAGGGCAGCUCGCUCCGUCGGCUGCACAACACCGUCUUCGACGUCAUCGACGGCUCCGUCGCCACCGACUCGGUCCGCAUCGGCCUCGGUGCCAGCGUCUAUGGUGUCGUCGGCCGCUGGGCCCCGCGCGGCCUCGUCUCGUGGAUGAUGGGCAUCCGCCGCGUGGACGAGCUGUCGACGUGGAAGACGAGCUCGUGCGAAGGAUCGUCGUGCGAGGAGAGCGACGACGGCGAGGCCAUGGCGGCCACCGACUUUGUCGCCGUCCCGUCCGAGCGCAACGUCUGGAACUCGGACGCGGCAGAGAGCAACCUCUAG